AUGGGAGUGCUUCGUGUGCUCGACCUGGAGGAUGCAUGCGAUGUAACUGAUGUUGAUGUCGAGAAUAUUGGGAAGGUGCUACAUCGCCUCAAGUUCCUAUCCCUAAGAGGACACAAAAUCACUUAUCUGCCGGAUUCCUUCGGUGGGCUGAGGCACCUCCAGACUCUUGAUAUCAGAUGCACCUCCAUUAUCAAUCUUCCAACAAGCAUCACCAAGCUAAAGAAGCUGCAGUAUGUUCGUGCAGGUAACCCUGUACCUGUACCACUGGAUGAUGAUACCAGUACUGAUGGAAUCCUACGAUUACGACCACCGCCACCAGAAGCAGCAUCAGCAACAGCUUCCCCAUCAUUAUCAGAACCGUCGACGUCAAUGAGCAGGCCACAUGCUGCGCUUUUUGAUGCAACUGCGGUGUCCCGUUUAUUCGAGUUGCGGGAGACGUGGACAAGCCGGCACCGCGGCCAGCAGCCUGCUGUUGCUGGCACCUGCAAUGGUGGAAUUGUGGUGCCCAGAGGGAUUCGAAAAAUGACGACCUUACACACUCUGGGUGUCAUCGACGUCAGUGUUGCAAAGAAGGGCCGAGCUAUUCUGGAAGAGCUCAAGAACCUUACCCAAUUGCGCAAGCUUGGAGUAUCUGGCAUCAGCCGGAGAAACUGUCGGGAGUUUUGUUCUGCCAUCUCUGGUCACGCCCACUUGGAAUCCUUGUCGGUGCAUCUCAAUAAGGAGAACAAUCGAGGCUGUUUGGAUGCUAUCUCCAAGCCUCCAGAGAACCUAAAGAGCCUUAAGCUGUACGGGUAUGCAGACGACAAGCUGCCAGAGUGGAUCACGCUGCUGCGGAAGCUCAGUAAAUUGAAUCUACAGAUGGCCAUGUUGCCGUCAGGUGAUGGGCUCCAGUUCCACUCAGGCUUCGACAGUCUCGUGAUACUCAAGAUUUCCUGCAGCCCCAGUUUACAGGCCGUAACGUUUCACUCUGGAGUAAUGCCUAGUCUUGAGUGUCUGAAGCUCCGUUGCUGUAAUGUCUCAUCGUUGAGGCUCUCUGGAUUAGAAGCACUAACCGGUCUCAAGGAAGUCUGGUUCGGUGGAUCCUAUAGAGAAGCAUUCAAGCGAGAGCUGAAGAGACAGAUUGGCCAGCUUCCCAGGGAAAUGAAACCUGUCUUGAAGGAGGAGCAACGCUUGCCCUGA